GUAUCUCGUCAAAACAUCUUUAUGUCUUUUGUCUCAAAGUCAAGAUCUAACAAUAGAUCAUAUAAUGGAAUCACUUCAAAAAAAGCUAUAAAGCAGAUGACUCAAUAUACAAUUGAUCAAGUUAUAAACCAGUUAUCAAAUGCAGAUGAUUUAUGGAUACACAGUUUUAAACAGCUUGAGCAUUGCAUUUAUGAUUAUUUUCAAAAUAUCGAAAGUUGGACAUCACAUGAUAUUAAAAAUAAUACUAUCUGGAUUGAAGUAUUUGAUUUUGCUUAUUUGGACAAUGAUAAUAGAGUGAUCAUCUGUGCAUCUCUAAAUUAUCAUAAUCAAGCAGCUUUUUCAAAUGUAUGUAUUGAAAUGGACGAAUUAGAACAAGAUGAUUAUUUAACAGAUUAUGGGUCGUGUUAUGCAAAGAUUCUUCUUAUUAUUCGGAUUACUUCACCAAAAUUAGAUCAGAAACUUGAACUUGCCCUUGUUCAUUA